GCUAGGGCUGUUCUACUGCCCCAGCUGAUGAAGAGAGCUUUGCAUUUUCAUUUGAAUAUAAGCGGACAACAACCAGACAUGAUUCUUUCUACCUAUCACACCAUCCAGUCUGUUUUCUGCUGUUGCUGCUGCUGCUGCACAGUGCAAAAAAGAGCAAUGAGAACAAAAAUGAACCUGGACCCUGGCACUGGCCUGGUCAGCGAGUAUUCAGCCUCACAACCAGACGUUUCCUACACAUCUCCUUGGAAGGGCAAGCGCAAGAGGCAAUUGCAGUCAAAGAACAAGCCGUUACCUCCUCUACCUGCCGAAGCCUUGGAAGACUACACAAAAAAACCCAGAGUUAUUGCUCUCUAUGACUUUUUUGCCAGAGGACCCUCGGAUUUACCACUCAAGAAAUCAGAAGAAUACAUUAUCCUUGAACAGUAUGAUCCCCACUGGUGGAAGGCAAGAGACCAACAUGGGAAUGAAGGUCUAAUUCCCAGCAACUAUGUUACUGAGAACAAGGAAAGUAAUUUAGAAACAUAUGAGUGGUACUGCAAAAACAUAAACAGAAGCCAAGCAGAGUUUCUCUUGCGCCAGAAGUCCAAAGAAGGGGCAUUUGUUGUCAGAGAUUCAAGCCAACAGGGACUUCUUACGCUGUCCGUGUAUUCACGAGCCAAAGGAAAUCAUAAUGGAGAUAUUCGACAUUAUCAAAUUAAGACAAACCACUUGGGACAAUAUUACGUAGCAGAAAAAUAUCUCUUUUCAUCUGUUCCUGAACUCAUCGAGUAUCAUCAACACAAUGCUGCAGGUCUUAUCACUCGUCUCCGACACCCGAUUGGAUCAGCUGGAUGUUCCUCACCAGCAACAGCAGGAUUUAGUUACGAGGAGUGGGAAUUAAACCCAUCUGAAUUGACGUUCAUGAAAGAACUUGGACGUGGGCAGUUUGGAGUCGUUCAGCUGGGCAAAUGGAAAGCAACCAUCAAGGUUGCCAUCAAAACAAUCAAUGAAGGUGCAAUGUCUGAAGAUGACUUCAUCGAGGAGGCCAAAGUGAUGAUGAAACUCUCCCACCCGAAGCUGGUCCAGCUUUAUGGAGUGUGCACACACCACAAGCCUCUCUACGUUGUGACUGAAUUCAUGGAAAACGGCUGCCUGCUCAACUACCUUCGGCAAAGGCGAGGGAAACUGGGCAGAGACAUGCUGCUGAGCAUGUGCCAGGAUGUGUGCGAAGGGAUGGAAUACCUGGAAAGAAAUAGCUUUAUUCACCGUGAUUUAGCCGCAAGAAACUGUUUAGUCAACGCUGAGCACAUCGUUAAAGUGUCUGACUUCGGCAUGGCAAGGUAGGAGGCCAUCGACGAAGGUUCUGUGAGUACCUGUUCUCAGUCAGAGGCAGCACGACCUUGACUUAACCUCCCCGCUUGCUUCGCUGGUUUGGGAAAUCCCA